CACGGAAAUAUCUGCCCAGCAGUACCCUCUCCGGCCUCCUGCGUGACUCCCGCAUACAUGCAGGGCGGAGGACAGCACGAGUCGGGCACUUUCCAGCACAAUCUACCGGAAGAUGACAUCAUCUCACGGAUGCAGGGACUCGGUGGCUAGGCUCCCCCUCCCGGUAACUAGAACUCCCUGGAAUCUUCCACCCCCUCCCCCGGGCACCGCCGCGCACACGGAUCACGUCACGGCGCCGCCGCUGCGCUCUCAGCUGCUGUGGCUGCGCUUGGAGUCGGAGGUUGCGGCACUCCAGUCCUGAUCACUGAGAGCGCCCCACCAAUCUGCAAAACUGGACUAUUGUUUAUACCUGGAACCCACCAAUCAUGUUGUGUUGGGGAAACGCUUCAUUUGGACAGCUGGGACUAGGGGGGAUCGAUGAAGAGAUUGUUCUAGAACCCAGAAGCUGUGAUUUCUUCCUAAACAAAAAAGUCUGUGAUGUAGGAUGCGGAAGCCGACAUACUGUGUUUGUAUUGGACGAUGGGACAGUUUAUACUUGUGGAUGUAAUGAUCUAGGACAAUUGGGGCACGAGAGAGGCAGGAAAAAGCCAGAGCAAGUCGGUGCCCUUGAUGCUCAGAAUAUUGUCGCUGUCUCUUGUGGAGAAGCACACACGUUGGCACUAAAUGACAAAGGUCAGGUGUUCUCUUGGGGUCUAACUAAGGACGGACAGAUAGGUAUUCAUGUGAUAGAAGAAUGUGUCCGAGUACCAAGAAAUAUAAAGAGUUUGUCUGAUAUACAUAUUGUGCAGGUGUCCUGUGGUCAUCAUCAUUCACUAGCACUCUCUAAAGAAAGUGACAUCUACGUCUGGGGAGAUAACCGAUAUGGCCAACUUGGAUUGGGAUAUGAAUUGAAGAAAGAGGCAGCACCCAAACACCUUAAGUCGUUAUCGGGGAUCCCCUUUUACCAGAUUGCUGCUGGGGGAGCUCACAGUUUUGCAUUAACACUUUCAGGAGCCAUUUUUGGUUGGGGAAGGAACAAAUUUGGUCAGCUUGGUCUUAAUGAUGAAAAUGACAGAUCCGUUCCAUGUCUUCUCAAGUCAUUACGUUCUCAGAGAAUUGUGCAUAUAUGCUGUGGUGAAGAUCACACUGCCACACUUACAAAGGAGGGUGGUGUUUUUACUUUUGGAGCCGGAGGAUAUGGACAACUUGGUCACAACUCUACAAACAAUGAAAUCAACCCCAGGAAAGUGUUUGAGCUCAUGGGAAGCAUUGUCACACAAAUCGCUUGUGGGAGACAGCAUACUUUAGCAUUUGUUCCUUCAUCUGGGCGAAUCUACUCAUUUGGCCUUGGCGGCAAUGGACAGUUAGGAACUGGGUCAACGUGCAAUAGAAAGAGUCCCUUUACUGUCAGAGGAAACUGGAUAUCCUUCAGUGAUUACGCCAAGCUUCCCAGCAAUACAGAGGGGUAUUACUGCGUGAAGAAAAUUUUCUCCGGUGGAGACCAAAGCUUUGCCCAUUAUUUUCAUGUACAGAACUGCCUCCCUCCAGAUGACUUCAGAAAGCAUAACCAUACCCGUCAAAUAUGGACCAUAAACGAGGAACUUAUUCAAAGAUGGCUGACUUUCUCAACAGGCAGACUUUCAUUGGAUAUAGUAAAUGAAAUUGACAAAGUGUUCUCAUCAGCUGCUUGUCUAAAUGGAAGUUUUCUAUCAACUAGCAAUAACGAUCACUACAGGACGAGUAGCAAGUUCUCGGGGAUAGACAUGAGCGUUGCCAGACUCUACUUCCACAAGCUACUGAAUUCUGCACAGCCACAAAUUGUUCAACUGGUGGCUGCUAGUUUGGAAAAAAAUCUUAUACCAAAACUACCAAGCUCUCCGCCUGACAUUGAAGCUUUGAGACUGUACCUGACGCUACCAGAGUGUCCUCUCAUGACCGAUCCAAAUAACUUCUCCUCUCUGGCAAUCCCUUUUGGAAGUGCAAUUAUUAAGCUUGAUAAGGCUCCCCUAAAAGUCCUAGAAAAGUGGUGGUCUCUGCUUGAACAUCCAGAGUUCAUGCGGCUUGUGCAGCUUUUUAAAGACAUUGUGUUACAUCUCUUGAAACUCACAAAAAUUGGGAUUCCUUUCACGGAAAGAAGAAUUUUCAACACCCUCCUUAAUACAGCCCUAAAGGUUUUGGAAAUCGUACACAGGGUAAAUGAACAAUCUGGACAGAUUAUCCCUUAUGAUAAAUUCUACAUCCAUGAAAUACAAGACUUUGUAGAUAUCCGGAAUGAUUAUGUGAAUUGGAUUCAACAACGGCCGCUAUGUAUGGACAUAAACCAAGGAUUGCCCGAGGGGGCAGAUGGAUCUCUCACGAUUUGCACCUAUCCCUUUGUCUUUGAUGCCCAAGCAAAAACAACUCUGUUGCAGAUGGAUGCCUUCAUACAGAUGCAGAUGGCGGUUGACCAAGCGCACAGACAGAAUUUUUCAUCCAUGUUUCUCCCAGUGGUUGAGUCAGUGGAUCCUUGUCUCAUCUUAAUAGUGCGCAGAGACAAUAUCGUGGGAGAUGCUAUGGAAGUUUUAAGGAAAACAAAAAAUAUUGACUACAAGAAGCCACUGAAGGUCAUUUUUGUUGGGGAAGAAGCCGUUGAUGCAGGCGGAGUACGUAAGGAGUUCUUCCUGCUGAUUAUGAGAGAACUAUUAGAUCCAAAGUAUGGGAUGUUUCGUUUUUAUGAAGAUUCAAGACUCAUCUGGUUUUCUGAUCAGACUUUCGAGGACAGUGACUUGUUCCACCUCAUCGGUGUUAUUUGUGGUUUAGCAAUUUACAACUUUACUAUUGUCGAUCUUCACUUCCCUUUGGUUUUAUACAAGAAGCUUCUGAAAAAGAAGCCGACCUUGGAUGAUUUAAAAGAACUGAUACCAGAUGUUGGAAGGAGCAUGCAGCAGCUGUUGGACUACGACGAAGAUAACAUUGAAGAUACGUUCUGUCUCAAUUUUACAAUUACAGUGGAUAACUUUGGGACAACAGAAGUGAGAACUCUAGUUCCAAAUGGUGAAGAGACACUGGUGAACCAGAAAAACAAGCAUGAGUUUGUCGAUGCCUAUGUGGACUACAUCUUCAAUCGCUCGGUGGCUUCCUUAUUUAAUGCGUUUCAUGCAGGCUUCCAUAAAGUGUGUGGAGGCAAUGUUCUAGAGCUCUUCCAGCCAAAUGAACUACAGGCCAUGGUUAUUGGCAACACCAACUAUGACUGGAAGGAGCUAGAAAAGCAUACAGAAUAUAAAGGAGAGUAUUGGGCAGAUCAUCCAACUAUUAAAAUAUUUUGGGAGGUUUUCCAUGAAUUAUCGCUUGAAAAGAAAAAGCAGUUUUUGUUGUUCCUGACUGGCAGCGAUCGGAUCCCUAUUCUUGGAAUGAAAAGUUUAAAACUUAUUAUACAACCUACAGGAGGCGGGGAUAGUUUCCUGCCAGUUGCUCAUACAUGUUUCAAUCUGUUGGAUCUCCCGAAAUAUACCAACAAAGAGACGCUGAAAGAGAAGCUGAUCCAGGCUAUUGACCAUUAUGAAGGUUUCAACCUGGUAUAAAAGAGCCUGUACAGAGGAUGUUCCAUACCUUCCCAGUUCAUAUAUAGGGCUAAAUGUCAUAGCCUGCGAGCUGCCAGUGGUGUAGGACUUUGUGCUAGAAUGCCCGUAUUUUUAAAGCACCAAUCAUUUACAAGGCAGAACCAACCUGAUUUUGCCUUGUAAAUUAUUGCCACUGUAAAAAUAUGGGCAUUCUCGCACAAAGUCCUGCACCACUGGCAGCUCGCAGGCUAUGACAUUUAGCCCAUAGUCUCUUAUAACUGAGCCAGGCCAAAAUGAUAUUUAAUAUUCUAUGUACAUGGUUUUCUGAUGGCUUUUGUACAGGCUGAAACACACAGCACCUUCAUAUUGUAUAUACCCAUAACUGUCACUUUGUUCUGACAUCAAAUAAAUUAGGUAUUAUGUGGACACAGGCUUCAUCUUAUCAUCCGUGUGCUGCAAAUCCCUAAACAUUUAUUUUACACUAUACACACCUUUGUAAAGGACUCUAUGGAAAAUAAAAAGUUUUUACAUUAGGA